AUGGUUUCAAUUUCAUUUUCUCUGUUGUCUUGCUGGUCAUUUGUCAUUCAGCAUCGGAGCUUGCGGUUGAAUCGACCUGAUAAAGAGAAUAUUACUCUUAGCGGCACUUUAAUACAGCCUUUUGAGACAGAAUCUAAUAGCAAAUCAAUGGAAGUGGGGUUGAUUGUAAUUUGUGCAGCUGUUCACUUUUUUGCUCCAUAUAACAUGGCUGAAGGUCGAUCACGUUACAGAUAUACUGUGGCGUACAGCACUGAAGCAAUCGAAAUCGUUGUAAUUUUUUGCAUGUGA